UCUUAAAAAUUAUUACCAGUCAAAAAAUAAAUGUUAAAGUGUGAAGAAUAUUUACAUAAAAAUAAAAUACAUUUUUGACACCUCCAUAAACAGUUUUGAUUAUUCCGGAAUAUUUAUAAAAAGUGGUGUUUUUUAAACAUGUCAUUUAGGGCGUCAAGCUGAUGGUUAUGUAAUCUCUGUGAAGAUUCCAGAAAUCCAACAGAAAUCUACUGCUACGAAAUCAAAACGAAUUCUAGUUGAGUGCAAACGGAAAGCUGUUUCGAAUUCAUACGAAAACUGUCACAGGAAUAACUUAGAUAAAAAUGGUGUUUCAAAUAAUAAUCUUGGUGAUCUGCACCAUUUGCCUAAAGCACUAUGCCAAAGGGGAGUUUCAACAAAGUCUGGCCAUAACCGACAUUCUUCCCGAGGACAUUAAGCGCUACGAUAAGAUGAGACCGCCCAAAAAGGAGGGGCAGCCCACAAUAGUUUACUUUCAUGUGACUGUGAUGGGACUGGACUCCAUCGAUGAGAAUUCAAUGACUUAUGUGGCAGACGUGUUCUUUGCUCAGACUUGGAAAGAUCACCGGCUGCGUUUGCCGGAGAAUAUGACACAGGAGUACAGAUUGUUGGAGGUGGACUGGCUAAAGAAUAUGUGGCGACCUGAUUCGUUCUUUAAAAAUGCCAAGUCUGUAACCUUUCAAACGAUGACCAUACCAAAUCACUAUAUGUGGUUGUACAAGGAUAAGACGAUCCUCUAUAUGGUCAAGCUGACACUGAAACUGUCCUGUAUCAUGAACUUUGCCAUCUAUCCACAUGACACUCAGGAGUGCAAGCUGCAAAUGGAAAGCCUCUCCCACACCACAGACGACUUGAUAUUCCAGUGGGAUCCCACAACACCCCUCGUGGUGGAUGAAAACAUCGAACUGCCGCAGGUGGCCCUCAUACGGAAUGAGACAGCGGACUGUACCCAAGUUUAUUCCACAGGCAACUUCACCUGCCUAGAGGUGGUGUUCACCCUAAAGCGUCGAUUGGUCUACUAUGUUUUUAAUACCUAUAUACCCACCUGCAUGAUCGUGAUCAUGUCUUGGGUAUCCUUUUGGAUCAAACCGGAGGCAGCACCAGCUCGUGUGACUUUGGGGGUCACCUCACUGCUCACCUUAUCCACGCAACAUGCUAAAUCGCAAUCGUCCUUGCCUCCUGUUUCCUAUCUCAAGGCCGUGGACGCCUUCAUGUCCGUCUGUACUGUAUUCGUGUUCAUGGCCUUAAUGGAGUACUGUCUAAUUAAUAUCGUCCUGAGUGACACGCCCAUUCCCAAGCCGAUGGCCUAUCCGCCCAAGCCAGUAGCGGGUGAUGGCCCUAAAAAGGAGGGCGAAGGAGGUCCACCUCCAGGGGGCAGCAAUUCGACGGCCAGCAAACAACAAGCCACCAUGUUGCCAUUGGCCGAUGAGAAGAUCGAGAAGAUUGAGAAGAUCUUUGACGAGAUGACCAAAAAUAGGAGGAUUGUGACCACCACUCGCCGUGUGGUUCGUCCGCCGUUGGAUGCUGAUGGUCCAUGGAUUCCGCGACAGGAGUCUCGUAUAAUUUUGACACCCACAAUUGCGCCACCGCCACCGCCUCCGCCACCGGUGGUACCAGAACCGGAACUACCCAAACCCAAACUGACUCCGGCCCAGGAGCGACUCAAGCGGGCCAUCUACAUCGAUCGAUCCUCACGCGUUCUGUUCCCCGCCCUCUUCGCCAGCCUGAACGGCAUCUACUGGUGUGUGUUCUAUGAGUAUCUAUAAGGACUAAAAACUACGGACUACGACGACUUCUGCCCUGUACAUAAUAUACCUUCGCUAGCUAUCUCUGGCGCUCCAUCCGAGUGUUAAACGUUGAUUGUUCGCAUAUAUCGAAACGUAUAUCGCAAAUUUACUCUUAAGCUUUCACGCACAAGCUGUAAGUCAAUGAAUUUUAAAAAUAGCUGAUUGUUGAACCACAAAACAAAAAAAAAAAAACAAAAGCAAAAAAGAGGAAAGAGGAAAGGACGAAGGAUAAAUUAAAAUUAUCAAUUCAAUUCCUAAAAUGCUUAAAGUUAAUCAAGUGACGUAGUAGCUGAUGUAGAUUAAGUGAAUUGUAAUUUAAUGUCUCAAACAAAUGCUUUUAAUUGUAAAUAAAUAUAGAAUCCAUUUAAGAAAGUCUUUGGGUUAAAGUUAAUAAGUUAAAACAUAUUUGAUAAGAAGGCUUCAAGAAAAGAGCUUUUUGAUAAAAUCGUUCAGAAAAGAAACUUUGAAUUCACUAAUUUGUACAAAAACCCUUAAACCGAAAAAGCUUUUAUACUGCAAAAGCUAACAAACCUAAAGCUUAGCUAAGGGAUACUCUCUUUUAAAGGUGUCACUUCAGUUAACUUUUCAUACGCAUGAUUUAUAAUUACGCAAAACAAUUUCUCAGCCGUUUGGCCAAGGCCAUUCAUUUUUAACGCCUUUUUCCACUUUUUUUCUACACAUCAGCAGUUAUAAGUUUAUUUCGCGCUGCUUUUUCUUUUAAAGGUGUCAACAUUGGAUGGAACAAUGAAACUUGCUCGGGUUUCUACCGCUCGCAGUUGUCAAACGGCUGCAGGGCGAAGAGGAAUAGACUUAUGAAUACCCAAUUAAUUAUGUUGGUCACACGCUCUACACUUUUGCCUUUUCACGGUCGUUAGUGACGCCCGAGCAUAAACUAAGAUAGGGUUAACGAAAAAAACAAAACUUACCAAUUGAGUCGAAGAUAAGAUGAAGACAGCCAGAUGGAAAUCAUGGAAGAGAUGUCUGAUCGAAACUUAUAAAUUAAACCUAAAACCUUGUAAUUAUUUACCACCACCUCAUUUCCACUUAAAUUUUUCUUAA